AUGUUCCAUGAAAAUCUCAGGAAAUGUGUGGUAAGUUUGCAAAAGUAAGCUGGCAACCUAUUUCGGUCAUCGCAAGAAAGCACGCCGUAUUUUGCUUUUGUGGUUGCCGUCAUGUCCCGCUUACAGGAGAAGUGCCACAAGUGUUACGCUUAGAUUUUGAUGGAACUUGGCACAAAUUUAGAAUAAUUUUUUCUACGAUAUAUGCGAGAAUCCUAGCUCGCGCUUUGCAGAAACAAUCGAGAUUUUUAAAUCGAAAGUCGGCGAUAUUUUUGACACUUUUUGCCAAAUCUUGGCACGAAAAGUUUCAUACCUAUUUCUACGAUAGUAGGUAAUGUUUCCACAAAAAAAUGAAUUUUUUUUGCACGAAACUGCCAGUUAUGGCCAAAAAGCGUUUUUCUCUCUGACCGCUCUCCACGUUAGCGGUGCUGUCUCGGCGGCAAAAAUCGUUCGAUAUCUCUGCGGCUCCCGCAAAGCGCGAGCUAAAACUUUCAGGAAUUGAUAUUUAGUCCAUACCCGAUGUGUGUGCAAAAUUUUAAGAAAAUCUGAGCGUCGCACUUGGAGUACUUUCUUUGUUAGCUAAAAUUUUUGAGGUCCUAGGCGAGCGGCGAGUUUAUCACGUAUUUUGAUGUUUCCUGCAUGUAUUAUUACUGCAAUAAUAUCAAGAUAAAACAUAGGGAAGUUCGUUUUUUUGGCGCAAGGUUUGGUAUUUUCUAUGUUACAAUUGCUCAGAGUCAAGAUGACUAACAAUAAUUAUAAUUUCAAGAGGUGAAACUGUAAAAAUCUGUCAUGUUGCAAGUCUUCGCCAAGUUGCCACCAAGCCUCCAACAGUCCUGUCAGGCCUCGCUACAAUUUUUUUGUUGUUCCGCCAUUCCGCCUCAUUUUGAUUAAUUUUGUGUUGACCCGAAUGUUGUCGAACCAAAAAGUCUAUGGGUUUAUACACUCCAUUUCAAACACUCCAUUGCAAUUACAGUGCAAUCAAAAAAAAAAAUAUUUUUUGGUGUAGGUUUUCAAACUUCCUCUAUCAAUCUGUAAAGGUUUCGCAUCCGUCAACUGAACCCCCACACAGCAAUAGCAGAUUUUAUAGGCGUGCCUAUCAUGUUGAAAUGGAGUGUAUCAAUGAUGUUGGCUUUUUUGGUUCCCUGCCAAGGAAAUCUGAUAUAAAUUUUUCGUUCAGCACUUUUUCAUUCACUUGCUCAAUUUUAGCUCCUCCUCAACUUUAUUAUCUGCUUCUCUCCCAUUCUUCACCCUCUCACCAUGCUAGUUACCGACGCAGAACCAUUACUGCAUAAGAAUUACAAUGAAGCUAUUCUUCUCUACGGGAUGCAGACAAUAAACCAUAUAUGCCUUCUGUUCCUGCACAGCAAAUUCUUCAUCCUUAUUGCCGAAAGGAUUCUGGCGUAUAAGAAGCGGGAAGUCUACGAGAACAUUAGAAAUAAUUAUGUCGCCAUGAUCUUUGGAGUCACGGUAAGUGUGAAGCCAAAGGCUUUAACGAGCUUUAGUUCGUUAUAUCCGUUGGCGAGUUGUUGGGGAAGCUCUACGUCUUCAUGGUCCUUGAAGGCGAAGACAGUAUUGACCUAAGGGUUUCAAAAGCGUUGACCAUAUCUGAUUCACCGGUUUACUUUCUCAUUGCCUUCUUUGUUUGCUACAACUGCUGCUUUAUUGGAUAUUUGGUGAGUUUAUGAUGAGCAGAGAGAUUGCCACGGCUCCUCUCUCUUGGCUCCGGCUCUGAGUGGCUCCGGCUCCGAGCCAGAGAUUGCCACGGUCAAAAUUUCGGCUCCGGCUCUUAGCUCCCAGAGCCGGAGCCGAGGGCAAAUUUGCAGCUCCGGCUCGGCUCUUGGCUCCGUGCAAAAUUUAAAAAGGCCUCUUGCUCCGAAUCCCGGCUCCUAUGCAAAAUGUUUUUUUAAAAAUAUUUUUCCAAAAAUAAAAGUUAUUAGUGCCAGAGAUCAUACAGCCAACGUUUUUGCAGUCAAGUGACAUCCUCCGCAGUGUUUUUUCAAGCACUUUGGGUUAACAAGAUCACGAAAUUUUUACUUUUCUGACCGCUGGGAAGCCUGGCUCUGGGCUCGGGAGCCGAAGCCGACCCCAAAAUUUCCGGCUCCGGCUCUGAGCGGCUCCGGCUCCGGAGCCGUGGCAAUCUCUGCUCCGAGCCCAGAGUCGGAGCCAGGCUUCUCAGAGUCCAGAAAAACGUAUUUUUUUUUUAAUGCCGUCGCCGGAGCCGGAGGCCUUUUUAAAAUUUACAAGGGAGCCGGUAGCCGGAGCCGAAAUUUUGGCCGUGGCAAGCUCUGACGAUUUCUUGUCAUUCAAAUCUUUUGUAGGCCUUCCGCAAGCUUCAAACCACCGCACUUGAUCAACGUCAUCAUAGUCGCUCGCUCAGCGAACGCUUCGAGUUGCGACAAACCGAAGUUGUGACGCAUAUUAUGCUCCCACUCAACAUGGUCUAUAUUGUCGCCCUUAUCGCAUGCUCGCUGAGUAUCGUCACUUGCGUCCGAGUGGUGUUUUGGCCGGUGAAUGAGACGUGGAAAAGGAUUUACAAGAUUUCGACCUUGGUAAGCAUUCUUUUCGCAUCGAAAACUUGUCCAUUUUUUUAGUAUUCGUACGCUGUGAUUGGCGGAUACAGCUUGGCGACAACGGUGUAUACGCUGAGAAAGAUGAAAAUGAUGUUCAAAAUUGUGCCAAUCAAAGUGGACGUCGACAAGAGUGUGGAGAAAUAUUUCUCGCAAUUGCAAAACGAAUGGGCCACGGGAAAAGAUACUGUUUUAAAAUAG